AUGCAUCACCACGUGAGCCUGUCGACCAUCGCCGCCGCCCUCGUCCCUCUGGCGCUCGUGCAGGCGCAGCAGCCAUGCGCCCCUGUCAAUAUCAUCGUCGCCCGCGGCAGCGUCGAGGCACAGGGUACUGGCCUGUUGGGUAACAUUGCGAAGAACGCGUCGGCCCAGAUCCCCGGGUCCAUCAUCACGCCGCUGGUUUACCCUGCGGAACUCGACCCGUACCCCCCCUCGGUGGCGGCGGGUGUGGCCAACAUGACGACUCUCCUGAACCAGCAGACGACGCAAUGCCCCGGAACGAAGCUCGGUGCGCAAGUGUCUCUCGACACCCUCUGCGGCACGUCGGACGGCCCCAACUUCAACACCACGGUAGCCCAGGCGCCCGCGGUCGGAAGCAAGAUCGCCGCCAUUGUCUUGUUCGGUGACCCAACCUUUGUCGCCAACCAGCCCUUCGACAAGGGCACCAGCAAAAAGGACGGCAUCUUCCCGCGCCAAGACUUCUCGCAGUGCCAGAGUCUCACGAACCGGAUCGCGUCCUUCUGCGACGACACGGACCUCUUCUGCGCGUCGGGCCAGAACCUAACCGUCCACCUGGGCUACUUCCAGAACCAGCAGUACGUUGCCAUGGCGUCGUCAUUCAUCGUCCAGAACGUUCAGUAA